AGAGGAUUAUAUCAUCAAGAAUCAAGUUAAAAAAGACCAUCUUUUUUUUUUUCUCUCUUUAAUUUGCGCAGAGUUGGGUAAUUGAUGUCCACACCCUCCGCUUUCUCUUAUCUUCUCUUCUGAUCUUCAUCUUUCUCAUCACUAAUCAUUUUCCCCUCUUCUCUUUUUUCCCCUCUCUCAACUUGUCUCCAUACUCUCACUAUCAAAAUUCACUUAUACACACCAACCCCACUUUAGAUCUGUUUUUUUCUUGAGUUGGGAUGAUGUAGAUUUUUUAAAAUUUUUUUUUGUACAGUCAAAUUCCAAAAAAAAAUCAUAAUAUAUAUAGUGUGAAAGCAAAAAAAGAAAGUGUGUAGGUGGGAGGAGGGUGGUUGAGAAGAGAGAAUAGUAAAAUUAAGAUGGAAUUUGAUGAGGAGCAGGAGGAGCAACAACAGGAGCAAGAAAUUGGUGCAGCAAGUGAGCAUUACCGGACACCUGGAGACAAUUCAGUGGAAGGAGUUUCCACUACUAUUGUCAGAAAAAGUAUUGUUAGGUAUAGAGAGUGUUUGAAGAACCACGCGGUCGGCAUAGGUGGCCACGCCCUUGAUGGGUGUGGCGAAUUUAUGCCGGCUGGGGAAGAAGGUACUAUGGAUGCACUUAAAUGUGCGGCUUGCAAUUGCCACCGAAAUUUUCACCGCAAGGAGGCAGAAGGUGAGGUGUAUCACCAUACCCCACCACCACACCUCACCCAUCACCACCACCAACCCCACCACCACCAAUUUUCACCCUUUUCCUCCUACAGAACCACCCACCAUCCCUCCGGGUACUUACACGUCAACCCACCACCACAUCAACGCCCUUUGGCGUUGCCAUCAACUUCUAGGGACGACGAAGAUAUGUCGAACCCCAGUAGUAGUGGUGGGGGUGGGGGUGGAGGGAGUGGUGGGGUGGGUGGUUCAAGAAAGAGGUUUAGGACAAAGUUCACAGGAGACCAAAAGGAUAAAAUGUUGGCAUUUGCUGAAAGAUUGGGGUGGCGUAUGCAGAAGCAAGAUGAGGCAUUAGUGCAGCAGUUUUGUGCAGAGACAAAUGUCAAGCGCCAUGUUUUCAAAGUUUGGAUGCACAACAACAAACACACUCUUGGUAAAAAACCCUAAACAAACAAUUCUUCACUAUGCUUAAUUUUGCUUUUCACCUUUUUAUAGGGUAAAAGAAAUCAAAGCAUAUAUCCAUUUGAUGGAGCUAGGAGGAAAAUAUGAUGAAGAGGGCAGCUAGUUUAAUUAAUUAUUAGAUCAUGAUCAGCCAAGGAUUUGUUGUAAGAGAGUAUUAUUAAAUUUAACAUUUUUAUGAGUAACUUGUUUAGGGUUCCUAGCUAUUAGCUAGACAUUGUUAGUCAUCUUAGCUUUGUACUUCUUUGUUUAUUAUUUUCUUUCUUUCCAUAUUUGUCCACUUGAAAUUCUAUCUAAAUUUUUUUACGUGUUAUUGAGUUUGAUCUUUGCUA